AUUUUUUCGUCCCUCCCUCAUGAGUCAGCUGACUGAGGGAGAGAGAGUUGGCACGCGGCUGUAGUGUGACGUAACGUGCGCCCUGUAGAGCCAGUGGGCGGGCAGCGGCGUGACAGUAGCGUGGGGAAGUGGGAGAGAUGCUGAGUACACACCGCUGCAGGAAAAUAGAAAGGAGGAGGAGAGACGAGAAGAGAGAGUAGGAGGAGGAGCUGAAGGAGGCGGUAAAGGAGGCGCUGAAGGAGGAGAGAAGGAGAACUCUAGAAAGGUGGCGCAGGUUGCGGUGGUGGUGGGGGAGUCGAGGGGCGCCAGGCCUGAGGAAGGGAGCAGCGCCCCCCUCCACGUCUCAUCACCAACGUCACAAGGCACAGCUGACAUGACCCUUGGGGCGUCCUGCUCCCGCGCCCCCGCCAGGAUGCACACCCGCCUCCUGAAGAUAUUGGGGGGCAUGCCGCUGGAGCCCAUGCUGUUCCUCAAGAUGGUGGCGGAAGGCAACUACGGCGUGGUGGCGGACACGCUGGAGCAGGACAGGAUCUGCCGCGUCAACCUCAACUUUUCCCAGGAGGAGUGUGACGGCUGGAUCCACGACGCAAACCUCAGCUACGUCAAGGUGGCGGUGCAGCACAGACAGAACCUGUUCAACUACAACCAGAGCAUCAUGGACAGCGUGUUGCCCCUCGCCGUGGUGCUGUUCGCCGGCUCGCUCAGUGACCGCCACGGCCGCAAGCCGCCCAUGCUGGCCGUGCUGGCGGGCUUCGUGGUGCUGGCGGCGACCUACCUGGUGGAGGCGCUCAACCCUGGAUGGCCCGUGCAGGUUAUGUACGCCGGCACGCUGGUCGUGGACAUGAUGGGCUCCUGGGUGGUGUUCAACAUGGCCGUGUACAGCUACGUGGCGGACAUCUCCACGCCAGAGACGCGCACGCGGCGCCUAGCCAUCCUGGACGCAGUGUGGUACUUGGGGGGCCCGUUGGGCAGGCUGCUGGGCGGCUGGCUGUACCGCCUGGCAGGCUUUGCCGUGGUGUUUGCAGUGUCCUGUGCCCUAUGGCUAGUGUGCUUCCUGUACACGCUGCUGUUGGUGCGGGAAACCGUGGACAGGGCGGCGCCCAAGCCCGAGGUGGAGCAGGACCUCGGCGACGCGCGUUGGGGGCCGCUGCGGCACGUGGUGGCUCUGUGCCGCACCACCUUCAAGGCGCGGCCCAGCCGCGGCCGCCUGUACCUGCUGGUGAUCGUGGUGCUCAAGAUGGCGGUGUUCCUGGUGCAGGGUCACCUCAUGUACCAGUGGGCGCAGAACGUGCUGCGAUGGGGCGCGGCGGAGUACUCCACGUGGAGCAGCGUGGACUCCGUGGUGCACCAAGUGGGCAUGGUGGCCUGGACGUGGGUGGCGGCGCGCGCGGGCCUGCAUGACGCCCUGGUGGCGGCGGGGGGCGUAGUGUCCAUCGGGCUGUGGUCCGCCAUCCUGGCCAGCAUCACGCAACCGGAUUUGUGGUGGAUGGCGGCGGUGGCCACGGUGGCGGGCAUGCUGGAGCCCUGCAUGGAGCCCGCGCUGCGCACGCUGCUCACCACCGAGGUGGGGGAGGGCGAGGCGGGCCGCGUGCUGGCACUCAUGGGACUGGUGGAGGCCGCCUGGUUCCUCGCUGACCGCUCCAUCUACACCUUCCUCUACAACGCCUUCUUCACCGUGUUCCCGCAGAUCAACCUGGUGGUGCAAGCCGGCCUCUGCGUGCCCCUCCUGCUGGCGAUGCUCCUCCUGUGGCGCGCGCUGAGAAACAGAGCCGCCAGUACCUACGACCUGCCCCACCAGGAGUGAUGAGGGUGGUGGUCUGAUGCUGCUGGUAGUCCUGUAGCUUGACUUGAGGAGGAGGAGGAGGAGGAGGAGGAGGAGGAGGAGGAGGAGGAGGAGGAGAAGAAGAAGAAGAAGAAGAAGAAGAAGAAGAAGAAGAAGAAGAAGAAGAAGAAGAAGAAGAAGAAGAAGAAGAAGAAGAAGAAGAAGAAGAAGAAGAAGGACAGCAACAACAACAACAACAACAACAACAACAACAACAACAACUACUACUACUACUACUACUACUACUACUACUACUACUACUUCUACUACUCCUACUACUACUACUACUACUACUACUACUAAUGAUAAUAAUAAUACCCCCCAAAAAACACCACCCACCCUUCCACAAACGUGCCCCUCCCCUCUCCCCAACCCGCCCCAGCAGUGACGAAACAUUCCAUACCCAAUACACUCCCCUUACCUCCCUUCUCCUCCUUCCCCCUUCCCCAUCAAACCAAGGGCACACACACGGACACACAGGAAUCGGAACAUCUCCUACACGCCCCCUGAAAGAGUCUCCAUCUCUAGAGGACCCCUAAGGAAAAUAACACGUGUCCGAGAGAGAGAGAGAGAGAGAGAGAGAGAGAGAGAGAGAGAGAGAGAGAGAGAGAGAGAGAGAGAGAGAGAGAGAGAGAGAGAGAGAGAGAGAGAGAGAGUCGAGGGGAAGUUAGUGACUUUUUAUACGCAUUUCCAAUUUUUCACGUAAACUUUUUCCCCUCUUACUUGAUUCUGUGUGUGUGUGUGUGUGUGUGUGUGUGUGUGUGUGUGUGUGUGUGUGUGUGUGUGUGUGUGUGUGUGUGUGUGUGUGUGUGUGUGUUGGAAGAUGGCACUUUGGUAAGUUAGUGGUCUUAACAUUUGAUGCACACGGUUCGAGUCCCCAAGAGUAAAGGAAAGGAAUUGGAAGCUUGUCUUGAGUCUUGAAUGUUAAAGUUGUAACGGGAAUAUGUAUGAGAGGGAAGAGGAAGGAACACCAGGAGGAGGAGGAGGAGGAGGAGGAGGAGGAGGACCACAGGCCAUAUUCUGAAACACCUACCCGUACCUCCACUACUUUCAAAAGGCUCUAUUUGAAGCUACACGGGUUUUUAAGAGUGUUUUUACCGUUCUAGGGACACAUUAAUAAGAUUUGUACAUUAUUAUCAGGAGAAACACACUUAAGAGCCCAGCUAAUCAUCUGUGGCCUUGGAAAGUGCUCGCAGUGAGAAAGCAGAGCGUGUCUGAAUAUGGAACAAAAUUCAAUUCCAUAUACACAAAGUAAUGACCUGAAGCGUAAAGGCCCAUCAGAGUAAGCCUAACUGAAUGUAUAAAUGCAUGAAGAGAAGAAUUCGAUAAUCUCAAUAGCCUAGUAGAGUAGGUCUACGGAAUGCAAAGUUAUGAUAGAAAUGCCUCAAAUACCGAGACACAUAAACAACGGUGACAGUAAUAAUAAAAACAAUAGUAAUAAUGACGAUGGUAAUAAUAAUAAUAAUAAUAAUAAUAAUAAUAAUAAUAAUAAUAAUAAUAAUAAUAAUAAUAAUACAAUCACUUUCAUGUCUGUUAUUAUAUUUGUGCUCAGUGGAAUGGCUUAAAAUUUCUCUUGGGAAGUAAUAAGUGUCCUGUUAUUAGCAGUCAAAAGAUCAAGAAAAGGUGGAGUAACUUAAAAUUACGCAUACGAAUAAGUCUCCUGUUGGCAUUUGCAGUUCAAGGGUUAAAAACUGCGCUACUUCUUCCGCUAUAUGACAGGAGCAUCAGGUGUGGGUGAAGAGAGCUGGAUGGCUGGAAGACAGCUAGCUCUGCGUGGCGUGAAACGAGUGAAUAUCCUGAUUAGUAAAGCACGCAGGUAAAUAAAUAAGGGUGCUGAGAAGACUAGUAGUUUUAUAUGUUAUGAGAUGGAUAUUUUGUUCUGAUAGAAAUAUAAAGGUGAAAAAAAUAAAAAAUAAAUAAAUAAAAAACGCUCAA